CCUCUUUCUCUCCCUCCCUCCUCCCUCCCUCUCUCUCUCUCUCUCUCUCUGUUUCCCUCAGCCAGUGUGUUCAGUUUCUUUUACUUCCUUCUUUUGGAGUGUCUGUGCUGAAUACCAGAGCACACACAGGAUAUGCUUCACAGUGCUCUCAGUUUCACAGCAGCAGCAGCAGCAGCUGGAGCAGGAGCAGCAGCUGCCGUGAGAACCAAGCCCUCUCUGCAGUCAACAUGAGUGCUGGGGAUGUGGUGUGCACCGGCUGGCUCAUUAAAUCCCCCCCGGAGAAGAAACUGAAGAGAUUUGCAUGGCGCAAACGCUGGUUUGUCCUCCGAACUGGACGCAUGUGUGGGAAUCCAGAUGUGCUGGAGUACUACCAAAGCAAGAACUCCAAGAAGCCCAUCCGGACCAUCGACCUGAAGGAGUGCGAGGUCGAGAUGCUUAACGGGCAGCUCAGGGUAAAACGGGACUUUCACGGGAAGCACCUGUUUGUAGUGAAAACGUCCUCUCGCAUCUUCUACCUGGUGGCCAAAACGGAGGAGGAGAUGAACAGCUGGAUCAGGAGCAUCAGUCAGAUCUGCCAUUUUGGGAGCCUGGAGGAGGCAGAGAGCACAGAAGAGGGUUUCUCUUUGACCCCCACCUCCAAUCAGCCAUCAGUGGACAGCUCUGACCGAGUGUCGGUAGCGAGCCAACCGGAUUCAGGUCAUCCGCAGGACUACCUCCUUCUAUCACAGUGUGAGACGGGGAGCGUAAGCACUAGUAGACACGACAGCUUCUCGACCUCCGACAUCUCCUUGGAGCAGAGGUUAUCGGACGAUGCAGCCAAGGAGUUCCUCGCCGAGUCCUCGUCGCCGUCCUUCUCUCACACGAGUCCAUCCAUUCUGCCCCACGGACUACUGAGCCACCCUCCCUUCAGCGCCCCAUGCACCUUCUCGGUCCUACCGUCGUCUUCGUCCUCGCCGCUGCACCACUGCGCCGCCAGCGUCUUCCAGUUCGACAAGCCCUAUCCUUCCGCCCUGUCCGAGGCGGCCGGCGAGGCGCAAACGCCGCCGCCGCUCCCGCCCAAACCAAGUCACCUGUCAGAGCUGCUGAAUGACGACAGAGGUCAAAGGUCAAGGACACUGUGCGCUCAGCACUUCCAAGCCARUGCUCAUUUAUUUUCCCGGAGGACCUCUCUGUCAAGCUUGGACCAUUUCAGGACAGUCAGUGCUGACAGCAGAUUAACAAGAGAUAGAAGACAAAGUGUAAAUCUGCCGUGUUUACACAACAGACAAGUUCAAAGCUACCAGGAUGACUCGUAUGUCCCCAUGGCGUCGCCUUCCCCCUCUGCAACACCUGUGCAGUGUGACAGUUAUAUCCCCAUGAGCCCCCGGACCCUCAGCUUCAUCAGCCCAAACGGUGGCGCAGAGUCUUCCUCGUCUCUCAGCUGCCCGACGUGUCAGCCUGGAGAUCUUGCCCCGCCUCCGAUUCAUCGGCACCUCAAGCCGCGCUUAAGGAGAGCUCGACCCCCGCCUCUUGACCUGAGAGGCCUUUCUACAAUCACCGAAUGUCCCACUCACAUUCCUUUAAGCAGAGCGAUCACAGAGUUAUGCUUCCCAACAAACCCCUCACUUCUCGACAGAAGACUUGAGAACGGCGACAGUUUGAGCAACGAAGUGGCAAACGGCUCUGUUUUGGAAUCGAGGCCCUUGUCCUGCCUCACCUUUGAUGGAAACUUUCAGCCCUGGAGCAGAAGUUCAAACCUCGAUUAUUUGUCUCUGGAUUUCAACUCAGCAUCCCCCUCCCCGGUGCAGAAGAAGCCAUUCCUGUCUGAUGAGUACAAAGUGGACUACGUGCAGGUGGACGAGAAGAAGACUCAGGCCCUUCAAAACACCAAGAUGGAAUGGACAGAUGUCCGUCAGUCUAAAACAUAAAUGCAACAUUUCUGAUUACAACAAUGUAAACAUGUUUAAAAAGAAGAAAGGAGGAUCAAACAGCACUUUGAAAGACAGAAUUAGAACCACAGGAGCAGAGAAGAAAUCAGAUGCUCAUUUUUUGUGGAGAAAGCACAAAAGUUGCACUGGUGAAACUGUGUGAACUUUCUGCAGACCUGAACUGUUUUUACUGCUCAAUUAUGCAAUGAUCACUGUGAUUAUUCUGCUCACUGUCCUCUAAAAGCUUUAAUCAGUCUAGUUAUACAGAAAAAAAAGAGCAUGUAAAUGUAUGUAUAAAAAAAGUAAUAUAAAAACUUGAAAUCUA